AUGAAGUUUGUAGAUAGCGAGGCUUGCACAGAAACUUUACCUUGGGCUUGUACAUGUACGCAUCACUUCCAAAAUCUAUUAUUGGCAAAGGUCAUGGCUCAAUGUAGAUGUUUCAAUGAGGAAUGUUCCACUCUUUUUAUUUCGCUAAUCAAAAAGGAGUAUCUCGUCGAAAAAGAUCUUAAUGAACGAACGGGAAUUAGCGACUUCACUUCUGCUUAUAAUAAUGAUCACAUUGACUCUCCAACCAAAUUGCAGUUCCUCUUACGCGACAAAGAAUCGAGAUCUGACACAACGAGAAAAAAGAAACAAAUAAUACUUCAUGAUGCAAAUAACUGUGAUGACAGUGAAGUGGUCUUCAAUAAUGGGGAAUGGAGCUCCUAUACUCCCCAACAACUGAAGAGGCCCAAAACUACAAAGCUAUCAUGUACAAAAACGAAUCUUCGGACUGUUUUGGAUGCAGUUGAUUUGGAAACCCCAGUAACAGUUAAAAAACUUCCAUUGCGCAGUGCUAACAACAGCUGCUGUUGGGGCGUUAAGCAGUUAUUCCUGGAAUGA